CAUUGUUCGCGUCGUCCGCCUUUUAUAACUCUCUCCUCUCUCUCUCUAACCACUGCCAGCCACCUCUGCGCCCAUCGCGACCACUCGCCAAGUAAUUUUUCUUCCGCCCACCUGACUACGCCUCGACCUCGACCUCGGCCUCGCCCUCGGCGUCGCCUCCGUCCGCCGGACGCGGCAGCCAUGGCGCCGGCAGUGGGGCUCAAGCGCUCCGCCACGCAGACCAUCACUCUGCCGCCGCCCGAGACGCGGCUGGCUGUGCGCGAUGUCAUGCGGUCCACGAUCCCGUCGCAGCCCGCCGAGGCGCCGGCGUCCACGGAGAGGCCGGCGCCAGCCGCGGCGCUGCAGGGGUUCCUGUGCCUGGAGGAGGUGGACGGGAGGCGGUGGAGCUACGUGGUGGACGGCGGGGCCGCCAAGGGGAGGGGCAGGGGCGGGGCCGCCGUCCCCGCUGGGGCCUCCGUUAGGGCCGUGCCGCUGCAGUCGCCGCUUCCGCCUGCCGAGGAAAUAAUGGCAUUCAUAAGAUCGUAUGUUGUGCCUGAAGGGUUUCCAGACAGUGUUACUCCUUCAUAUGUACCUUACAUGACCUGGAGGGCUCUGAAGCACUUCUUUGGUGGAGCGAUGGGGGUGUUUACAACAAGAACCUUGCUGAGUUCUGUUGGAGUCUCUCAAAGCAAGGUGACACCAGGUGCCAUUGCUAUCAACUGGAUCCUCAAGGACGGUGCUGGGCGAGUCGGAAAAAUGCUUUUUGCACGUCAAGGAAAGAAGUUUGACUAUGACCUAAAGCAGUUACGGUACACUAGUGAUCUGUUGCUGGAAAUAGGAGCUGGGAUAGAAUUAACUACUGCUGCAUUCCCUCAGUUUUUCUUGCCUAUGGCUUGCGUAGCCAAUGUUGUAAAGAAUGUCGCUGCUGUUACGUCAACUUCAACUCGCACUCCAAUCUAUAAGGCCUAUGCGAGAGGAGAAAACAUUGGAGAUGUCACCGCUAAAGGCGAAUCUGUUGGGAACAUUGCAGAUCUGCUUGGUACUGGUCUGAGUAUCUUUAUCUCAAAAAGGAAUCCCUCACUGGUGACUUCAUUUGCCUUCCUAUCUUGUGGAUAUCUCCUGAGCUCAUAUCAAGAGGUGAGAUCUGUUGUGCUGAAUACCCUAAACAGGGCGAGGUUUACCGUCGCAGUGGAUUCUUUCAUUAAAACUGGUCACAUUCCCUCCUUGAAGGAAGGAAACUCACAGGAGACGAUAUUUAAUCCACCUUGGCGGCAUGAGCCAGUCGCAAUAGGUUCAAGAUUUGGAGAAGCAUUUCAAGAGCCAGCUUCAUUUCUUGCCAUAAGACCUCUGUUUGAGGAUGAGAGAUACAUGGUGACAUAUAACCCAACAAAGGAUAAAGUAUAUGCUUUGCUCAAGGACCAAGCAAAAUCAGACGACAUUAUUAAAGCUGCUUUCCAUGCUCAUGUGCUACUGCAUUUUAUUAAUGCAUCACAUGCACGGAGGCUGAAGCAGAAGCAGAAGCAGGCAAACCCUGACCGAUCAGAGCAUCUGUACUCUAGAAACAUGGAUUUCCUGGCGCACAUCGCUGAAUCUUGCAAAAUUGUUUCGUCAUCAUAUGGAACAUUCAAGAAGAAAGCAAGGGAACAGGGUUGGAUAAUGUCAGAAUCUCUGCUCAACCCUGGCAAGGCUCGAUUAUGUGCGGCAAAACCACAAUGAAUCUACUGUUCCAGUAUAAUUUCGAUGAGAUGAUACCGAUCUCAUGUUUGUAAGACUAACUUUUCUAACGAGACGGGAUGCUCAGUUCUUAGGAACUGAACUAACAUAUGUUGGGUGCCCAGCUCUAGGCAUGAAUCAGUGAACCUUCAAUCUGAAGCGCCAAAUUGCAGGAAGAGCAAGAGUUCUACGAUCUGAAGAAUGCCUGAACAUAUAAUAAAACAUACAGUGGAUAGGUGGUGCGCUGGUUCGUGACUCGCGAGUGAAGGGCUCAAUGAGAUUGACUUCAAACUGCUAACUGCACAGACUAGAGCUUGUAUUUAUGUUUGCUGCUGUAACCUGUUUCCCGUCCGUGUUGGUCGGCUGCCGAGCUUCUUGUUUGGAAGUCUUUGGAGUUUCGGAUUUCUUUUUUCCGCCACUUUGCUGACUUGCGGCACUUGAGAGUUGUUCAAACCCUUCGCUUCUAACUUAGCGCCCUAGUAAACUCCAGUUUCUCAGUGAAGAGUCAUCACUCAUGUCGUCGAUGACUUCUUCAAACCUUGUACAUACAUGCUCCGUAAUAACUGGAAGCCUUCUUUGUGUCGAUGUUUCUA